AUGAAGCAGAAACUUCCAAUUAGGUGGCUAGCACCUGAAGUGCUCAACUCGGGCACAUACUCCAAGAAAAGCGAUGUCUAUUCGUUUGGAAUACUUUUAUGGGAGAUCUAUAAGGAUGCAGAGUUACCUUAUGCUGACAUGACACCACAAGAGGUAAUAGCCGGGUACCGGCUGCCUCCUCCACCAAAAAUGCCAAAAUGCAUACGUAUGAUAAUGUUAAAUCAGUGUUUUCCUGGAAAUCCUGAUGAAAGAAGCAAAAUGUAUGAGGUUCGAAUAGCUCUUGAGGAAGCAAUGCAACCGUCGUCAUCGCGAUUGACAUAG